AUUGAGGAAAUCUUUGACAUUAUUGCGGCCGAAGUAAAGUAUAAAAAUCCAGAAAAGGAGAAGCAUCAUGUGGAAAGGGUUGACAAGCAACUGAAUGACUGUCUCAAAAGACUUCAAAAGAGCGAAUUCAUAAACGAGAGCACGCAUAUAUCUUUACUAUUCGUGUUAUUGACGAUACGCAAAUAUGUCAGCUAUUUCCGUCGCAUCAAAGAUAUAAAAAAGUUGCUGUACCAUGUGAUAGCUAAAUGGGCAGCGGAAAAAAAAUCAACUCCAUUGAAGAUCAGCUAG